GCAGGGUACAGGACUGGCAGAGAGGAGAUUGCCAAGAACACCAAAGGUCAGACGCCAGAUACAGAGGCUGUUCACUAUGGCCAUGUCACCUGAGGUAUUCCAGGAAGUAGAAACCGCUACUUGUCUCUUGAGUGGAAUGUCCUCAGUGGCUUCAAGGAUAAGUCGGGCAAGUUUAUCAGUACUUUUCUUCAUCCGCUUUGGAAUUUUGCUGCUUGGAUAUAAAACAAUAUGGCUGGAUGAAGAGAGAGAUUUUAUUUGCAACUCUACAAGGUUACUCUGCAUGCCAAGCUGCUUCGAUGAGUUCUUACCUAUCUCCUCCUUCAACCUUUUCGCAUUACAAAUAGUGGCUUUGCUUACACACUCACUAUGUGUGGCCUGCUUAGCUCGUUCCGCCAUUCAGGCACGGGAAGGCUGGUUGCAAGCCCAGCUUAGGAGAAAGAAAGUACAGAUGAACCUUCAUGUAAUUGGACUGCUAAGUCGGAUGCUCAUCGAGGUCCUCUUCAUCCUUACAUACUUUAAAGUUACAGAAGGGUUUGUGCACCAGAAGACAAUUCAUUGCCGCUCUACACUGUGCGAAAAAUCCGUUAUAUGUACAGAUAUAAAUUCAACUGUGAAAAAUAUCUUCAGCUUGUGUCUGUGCGCAGCGUCUGCCACCAGUGCCAUGGUCUGCCUGUGGGAGUUAGUAGCCAGCUUUCAAGUCAUGCAGAAUAUAAACCAACCAGCAUCAACCACCCAGGUGCAAUGGAAAAAGCAGCACUUCUAGGUGAUUCAUUGACCUCAAACCUGAUGUUUUAUAGCAGAACCCAUCACUGGAUAUGGACAGACUGUAAAUGUCAUUCUUUGCAACUGAAUAAAACAUCUACACACAACUUCCUCCCCUCCCAGUAACAGAUGUGCGUGCAGACCAUAGGUUUCCAAGGGUUACAUGACCAAAGUCCAGAUAUGCGUCCUCUGUAUCACAACCGUAAUUGUCCUUUAUGAAUACACAUUGGAUGCUGUGUUCCUGUUGUACUACUGCACAUAGAUCCAGCUACACAGUGUAUGGUAUUUCACUUGAGCUCAAUAUCUUAAAGGGGUUGGCUGCUUUCUGGCUACUGUUGCACCAAUGUGUUUGUAAGAGGACUAUACGGCACUUACUAAUAUAC